CUGAGGAGUGCGGGAAUGAUACUGAGAGUAGGGUUCAUCGAAUAUAAUUCAUAAUCAAUUAGGCAUCUGCAUAAGGCAGAGCCGCAUAUACUAGUAGCUCGCCUUAGGCAGUGGGACUGGAUGCGAAGGUAUCAUAGGGCAACCGAUGCCAAUCAAAACAAUAAAUACUAAUUCCAGGGAAAAAACAUACGAAGCUGUAACCACAGCGAAUAAAAAGCAACCUGGUAACAGCCCAAAUAUCCCAUGCCAAACUCGUAUUCUGCGAGCACCAUUCAGCAACGCCAAGCCCAUCCGUAUUGAAAGCUCCAGAACUACCUCCAAAUGCAAGACGCCCAGGGUAAUAAAACCGAAAAAGGGGGACAAGAAAAUAUGAGAAAGCAAGUGCGAUAUGUUACCGACCCUCAUGUAUGAAAUCG